AUGGCGACCGCAAGACCAUGCCUGGCUCAAUUAAGCAGGAUUUGUCUGUCAUCUGUACGGCCGACAUCUACAACCACCUCUGCGAGAUUCCUCAGCACAACCAUCCCUUUAGCAGCUCGCGGACCCAACGCGAACAAAAUCCUCUCGAAGCAGGAAAAAGCCAAGCUGGCCAAGUCGUCGUCGAAUCCUCAGAAGAACAAGAAGAAGGGCGAAGAGACGAAGAAAAAGAAGAAGACGAGUACGACGUAUAAACAGUAUGAUCCGAAGGAUCUGGAGCAGUUCUCGCUGUGCGAUGCUAUGCGAUAUAUCAGGGCAUUCGAGGUUGGGCAAAAGCCGACUUCGGCCAAGUACGAGAUGGCGCUCAAAUUCAAGUCGCUGAAAAAUGGCCCUGUCAUCAGAAACAGAUUACGGCUUCCCCAUCCCGUCAAGACAGACAUCCGAAUAUGCGUUAUCUGCCCGCCGGACUCGAAAUACGCCAAGGAUUCGUUGGCAGCAGGCGCAUAUAUGGUCGGAGAAGAGACCAUUUUCGAGGCUGUUAAGGAUGGCCGGAUCGAGUUCGACAGAUGCAUAUGCCAGACUGAUUCUCUGGACAAGAUGAACAAGGCUGGCAUGGGAAGGUUCCUUGGACCUCGAGGCAUGAUGCCGAGCACGAAGCUGGGAACGGUUGUGAAGGACCCGGCGACAAUGCUGAGAGAUUUUAUUGGCGCUGCGGAGUACAGGGAGCGGUUGGGUGUGGUGCGGAUGGCUAUUGGCCAAUUGGGCUUCACGCCAGAGGAGCUGUCGAGGAACAUUAAGGCGUUCAUCGAGGCUGUGAAGAAGGAUAUGGCGACCUUGAGUGAAAAGAUUAAUAAGGAGUUGGUGGAGGUGGUGCUGAGCUCUACGAAUGCUCCUGGAUUCCCUUUGAAUGGAGAGUUCAGGUCUCAGGACUCGGAUAUCACUCCUAGGGACCUGUCGACCUCGUAG